AUGAUCGCCACCUUUAAUGACCUAAGCAGUCAUAAAGCGAGCAGUGGCGCCGCAGUAGGAGCCAAUGGUGGAACACAGGGGGGAGACGGAGCAGCAGCUGCUGCGGCGGCGGCAGCAGCAGCAGCAGCAGAUGAUUCGGGAGCAGUGGGAAAUGGGUCGGUAACUGAGAUUUUAGCGGGAAAUGAAGGAGCCAAUGAAGCAGUGAUACGUGGCUCAGGGGCAAGAAACGGAGGACAAGCAGGGAGUGGGGGAGCAGCAGCAAUUGGAGGAGCGAAUGGAGCGGCAGUGACAGGUGGCGCACCGCGAUUGGCUCUCUCAGCUCGAGACUUCACAUAUGGGCGACUCCUGGGUCUUGGCUCCUACUCUAAGGUUGUCCUGGCCCGCCGCAAACCAAGCAAAGCUGCUUAUAACGAGGACGAGGGGUGUCCGCCCGGCUCUGAGUGCGCACUAAAGAUAAUGGACAAGCGGCACAUAGUGAAGGAGAGGAAGGUGGCAUACAUCAAGAUGGAGCGUUUGAUUCUCGACCAGCUGAGACACCCAGGAAUCGUGCGCCUUCUCUUCACGUUUCAGGAUGAACACUCCCUCUACAUGGGCCUGGAGUGCUGCCACGGGGGAGAGCUCUUCGACCAGAUCAGACUGAAAGGCAAGCUAUCAGAGGACGAAGCUCGCUUCUAUGCAGCAGAGGUGGUGUGCGCUCUCGAGUACAUGCACUCGCAAGGAGUGGUGCACAGAGACCUUAAGCCGGAGAACAUUCUCCUCACAGCAGCAGGCCACGUGCGCAUCUCCGACUUUGGCUGCGCCAAGCUGCUCACCAACGGCCAAUCAGCUGGGGCCACGUCAGCAGUAGCUGCCACUGCUGCUGCUAUCAACAGUGAUGAGCGCAGCGGGUCAUUCGUGGGCACAGCAGAGUACGUCCCUCCGGAACUGCUGGACGAUGGGCCCGUGUCGUUCGAGGCUGACCUCUGGGCGCUAGGCUGCAUCAUCUAUCAGAUGCUAGUGGGUGUGCCGCCAUUCAAGGGAGCCAGCGAGUAUCUGUGCUUCCAGAAGAUCCUCUCUCGGGAUCUCACCGUGCCCAACCACUUCAGCAAUGAAGCCCGCAGCCUCGUCAACUGCUUGCUGGAGAUGGAGCCAAAGAAGCGCCUGGGUUCAAGGCACAUGGGGGGUUACCCCCGGCUGAAGGCCCACCCGUUCUUCAAAGGAAUCCCCUGGGGGGGGGAACCAGGCCUCGGCCAGCAAGGAGUGUCCUCUGUCCAUAUCGGAGCAAUCCAAGCCAAGGGAGAAAGCACAGUGGAGGGUUCAAGGGUGCUAUUCUCAUCCCCGGCGCCAGUGCUGGCUGUGCCGGUUCGGAUUGCUGGGAACGAUGGUUUGAGGGGUCAUGGGUGGAGCGAUGGUGACGGGUUUGUGAGUGGGGUGAAGGUGGGGAAAGAGGGGGAUGAAGGGGAGGGGGAAGAGGACAAGGAUGAGGAGGAGGAUGAGGAGGAUGAGUGGGCUGUGUUGCAUCUAGGGGGAUCGUUUGCUGGAAUGAAGGUGAAAUCUGGUGCACGGGUUGCGUAA